AUGCCAAUCAAGCAAUUGGUUCAUUGGUUUCACACCAUUUUUGCCAUAAUAUUCAUUCAUUUGGGUUCAUGUGCUACACCUUCUCUCAUACCUGAAGUGAUUAAUGACAAUCAUAGGACUAAUUGGACGAACACUAUCUCGUGUCCCAAACAAUGCUUCUGUUCCCUACAGUUAUCUAUAUAUUCAGGAGAGUUGGUUCAAGCAGUCAACUGUUCGUUUCAAUCGAUAACAUCAGUGCCCAAAUCAAUACCAACUGAUACGGAGUCACUGGGAUUAACAUAUAAUUUAAUUGAAGACCUUUACGAUCAGUUGCCGGCCUUCGAUCGCUUACAAGAACUUUAUUUGUCACACAAUCAGAUCAAUCAUUUAGGAAGAGGACAAACAUUUGCAAACCUAACUCAUCUCAAACUAUUAGAUAUAUCUCAUAACAAAUUCCGUACACUAUUUGCUGAUGUGUUUCGUGGACUCAAGCGAUUGGAAAUACUCGACCUCAGCAAUGGUCACAUCAAAUACAUUGAUGAACACGCUUUUGAUGGCUUGGAUAUGCUUAAGGAGUUAAACAUUGAAAAUAAUCAGUUGUCGUCCAUUUAUUUGGAGCUCUUUCAAAGUAUACUUAAUCUUAGCGUGCUGAAUGUUGGUGGCAAUAGCAUCAGUCACUUGACGGGAGGCAUAUUCGCGUCGUUGACAGGCCUUAGAAAACUAGUGUUUUCCCGCAAUAGAAUAAUUAGUAUUAAUGACAACGCGUUCGUUGGUUUAGAGCUUUUAGAGGAACUGUAUCUCAAUGACAAUCAUUUAAUCCGCGUGCCGUCGACAGCAUUGCAAUCAUUGAAAAGACUUAUCACUAUUAAUAUAGACACGAAUCCAUUGGAACAGUUGUCUACCGGAGACUUUGUACACAUACCUGUCAACCAUAUAAGUGUUGCUAAUUGUAAGCAAUUAGUACUUAUAGAUAAGGGAGCCUUUUGGGAUCUGCCAAACAUCAACAACAUUAUCCUACACUCCAAUCCCAAUCUUCAAUACAUCGACUCUCAGGCCUUCCUCGGACUACCACUUCUUCAUUCACUCCAAUUACACGAUUGUGGUCUCAAAACGUUUCAACACGACAUAAUUGACUACGUCUUCAAUGACCAACAGUUUCAUCCAAAACAUAAACUUAAAGUCACUUUUGAUGGAAAUCCGAUACUUUGUGACUGUAAUAUUCAAUACUUAUAUCAGUGCCUCAAACAUCCAAACAGUAGUAAAAUUGAAUUAAUUGACGGCAAAAAUUUGCAGUGCUUUCAACCAAAGAGUUUGUCGGAAAUUAAGUUAAUUGAAUUGACAGACAAUUUAAUACCACAAGAAUGUACGCCAAAGAUUGUGACGAUAGGCAAAGCAAAUGUGACGAUACACAAGAAAAUAGGUGACAGACAUGUAUUUCAAUGUAAGGCAUUGGGUCUACCGGUGCCUAAAAUAAUAUGGGUUCUGCCAAACGGCGAUGUAUUGAACGAGACGUCAAAUCAGAUUCAUAUUCAGCUCAAAACACCGGGAAGUUUGCGAAUCUUUCAUUUGCGACCGAAAGACUCGGGUGUCUACAAGUGUAUCGCUGAGAACAGACACGGAAUAGCACUUUCAUCGAUGGAACUGUUGGUCAAUGAUAUAGAUCUGCAUUUGUUUGCCAUAAACGUUGCCUCGACUUAUGUAACACUUGUGUGGAACGGAACGGCCCGUAAUCUGUUCCCGGAGUAUCAGAUACUAUAUCAUCGCAUUGAUAGCAAUAAUCUGUCGACUAAUAUAACCAAAUACGAAACCGUUACCGUUAAUCAUUAUCUGCGCUCCUAUACCAUCAAUAACUUAAUGCCUAAUCAUAAGUACAAGAUGUGUAUCUCUAUUAGAGAUGACGAUAAUGACAUCUCAGGUUCUGUACAGCUCUCGUGUACUAUAGUGCAAACGGCACCGGCAUAUAUGGUCGGAUCCAUGACAGGUCAUGUGUCAAAUAUGGCGGUGGCGUUGACACUAUCGGUGUUUGUAUUGAUGAUAUUUGUCAUAUGCUUCAGCUUAUGUGCCGCCCGUCAGUACCACAAGAAGUUUCAAUACGAGACAUCACACAAAUCACUCAUUGAUAACAUGAUUAUCAUUCCUAUGGAUAAUAUUUGUUCACCACUUAUCACGACUACAUCUAAUAACGGCACCGAUAAUAGUACUGCCAAUUGUGGGGCCAAUGAUACAAAUGAGGUCAUCAAUGAUAAUAACACUAUUGUUGCAGUCAAUGAACAUAAUAUUUAA